ACCGAAAUCGGUUUGGACCCUGAUAGCGAAUAUUCCGUAUCGGUGAGGUCAAACUCACGAAAAGGACAAUCUUUACCCUCCACCGCCAUUCUUUUCUAUACCAAGUCGGAUGCUCAUGGAGUUUGCUCAGUUGGUGAACCUCUGCUCAUCUCUGAAGGACGACCAUUCAUUUGCAACGAAGAUCAUCCAUGCCCAUUAGGCUUCGAAUGUACAGAAGUGGACAAUGAGAAUUAUUGCUGUCAGAAAGAAUACGGUAACUCCGACGAAGAUUUCCAAGAAUGCUGCAAACAUCAAAAUGUGUCACCAGACUGCCAGUCUUCGUGCCAUUUCAAUUCAAGUCUUCCAGAGACAUGCCAACAAGAUCUCAACAAAUGGGUACAGUGUGCCUCAGAAGGUCGUGACCAUUCUCGUUGCUGUGAAAAGGAACAAGUUCCCAAGGAAUGCCUCACUGGGUGCCGUCAUCCAUUCCAGGUGCCCGACUCGUGCUAUGCCUCUUUGAACAAGUUGUCAACGUGCUUCUCAGCUCCUCAUAUGGGGUUGCCUCAAGCUGUUCAGCGAUUGAGGGUUACGGAUAUCAACAAUACUUCUGCGUUGCUUUCAUGGGAAGAAAGCGAUUAUGGAAUUUUGGGAUAUAAAGUGGAGGUGGGCAUGACUUUUUAGUC